AUGAAGUUCUCUGCUGUUAUUGUGUACCUUUCUUGUUUGAUCGCUUUGGUUUUCGGCCAAACCACCACCACUCCUGCUCCCCUCAACGCUGGGGUUGCCAUCACCAAUCCUGUACUCAACUCAACUGCUUACGCUGGCUCCAAUUACACCAUCACCUGGACUGUUUUGGAUCCCAAUGCCACCACUAUUGAGGCUAUCAGUUUGAUGAACGGAAAUGCUGCUGCUUUGACGGUAAUCUACCCCAACCUCCUCACCAAUGGCUCCAUCCCUGUCUCUGAUUUGCAGUACAACUGGACCAUUCCCGCCAAUCUCACUACCCGUGAAGACUAUGUUCUCACCAUGCGUGGCAAUAACUCAUAUGUUACCUACUCUAGCUACUUCUCCAUUGUCAACAACAAUGCCACUAGCACCAACGCCACUGCUUAA